AUGUCAGGAGCUGCUGUGUCCUUAUGUCUGCUGAGCCUGUUGUCUGUCUCCAUGGCUUGCUACAUCUCCAACUGCCCCAUCGGUGGAAAGAGGUCCCUCCUGGAUGCCCCAACACGUAGGUGCUUGGCAUGUGGCCCUGGAGCCAAAGGUCGCUGUUUUGGCCCCAGUAUCUGCUGUGGGGAAGGGAUGGGCUGCUACAUGAGCUCUCCAGAGACAGCGCGCUGCCUGGAGGAAAACUUCCUGCCUUCUCCCUGUGAGGCUGGAGGGAAAGUGUGCGGGGCCGAGGGGGGCCGAUGCGCCGCUCCCGGGGUGUGCUGCGACACAGAAAGUUGCAGUUUUGAUCCAUCUUGCCUAGAUGGAGCUGAUGACAACGAUCAGAUCAGCCGCUCAGAAAGUGGAAGUCCCAAUGUGGGUGGAGAUGUGCUUAUGAGGCUUCUCCACCUGGCUGGACAAACCCCUCCCCAUCGGCUUCAUCAAUAAGUAUUUCCAGGAAGUGUGGUCAGGAAGCUCAGUUGUAAAGGGUUGGGAUAAAAGUGUCCUCACACUCCCAUGCAUCUAUUACUCUUAUACAAACUGAGCCCUCUUUUAGGAUGUGAAACCUGUAUAUUCACUUUAUACUCCAUAGUAAUAUAAAUAUCUAUGUAUAAAUGAUUAUAUCCUUCAAAUAUAUUGUAAACACUAAUAAUAUAUUGUAAAAAGUCACUAAUGUGACUAAUAAAGCCUGUAAC